AUGGGAGAAUCCGGCCUGACCGUUGAUUGGACAGAGUUGGUGGGCAUCGACCAGGCAGGUCAGUUGCUAGCAGAGGGAUAUCCGGACAACGACGAACCAGUGGACUCAGCCGACCAGCUCGGCAGCUGGCUGUCUGUUGGGCCAGCCAUUCAGCUGACCAGCCUGGCGAACAGACUCGUCGAGACUGGCCCAGGAGGCAAUUGUGAAGUCCGGUAUGAGGGGAACUGGGAGAGAUUGUGCGUUGUGAAGGGACGGCCUUGGGCGACAGCUGAGACGGCCGGAUCAAUGGGGCGAGAGGAGGAGACGCAGACACAACGACUCACUGGCCAGCAUGGGCGCCCUACUCACGAGUAUCCCGUCGCAUCAUUGUCAUCCGGCUUGCAGUCAUCUGGACCGUGUUACUGUCUUCUCAAUGCAGGCCGGCCGACAGCGGACAGAUCCGCGGCUCGUCACGACCGUGUACAGGGCGUCGGGGGCGCUUUAGACGGGAGUCCCGUUAAAAGUUGCAUGGACUCGGCUCACUUGUCCGGAGGCCAAGAGCUGGCGGUCUGUCGGGAUGCCGUCUCGUGUUAA